AUGCCCUUAUUGGGAAGCGACUUACUUAGUAAAUUGAAUGCCCAGAUUGUGUUUGAAGGGGAUAAUAUACAAGUACAAAUACCUGAAGAAAAAGCCUUGGAGGCGCAAGUGUUUCUCUUACAGGAAGAGAUACAAGGGAACCCAGAACCUGAAACUAUUCCGGAAGUACUGAAUGCAGUAACUCCCUUGGUAUGGGCCUCCGGGAUACCAGGACGAUCCUGUGCUGUGGAACUGGUAAACAUCGUAUUAAAACCAGGAGCACAACCAGUAAGGCAAAAACAGUAUCCUAUAAAACUGGAAAGCAGAAAAGGUUUGGAACCUCUAAUAGAGACAUUUGUAGCCCAUGGAUUAUUACGGGAAUGUCAGCUGGAAUAUAAUACCCCAGUUUUACCAGUGAAAAAGCCACACUCAGAUGAAUAUGGGUUAGUACAGGAUUUGAGGGCAAUUAAUCAAAUAGUACAAGACGUCCACCCGGUGGUAGCAAAUCCGUAUACCUUACUGACUGCCAUUAAAGAGACAUAUCAGUGGCUCACAGUAUUGGAUCUAAAAGACGCCUUCUUUUUCAUACCCUUGGAAUUUGAAAGUCAAAAAUUAUUUGCCUUGGAUUAGGAAAAUCCUAAAAUGGGUCGAAAAACUCAAUUAUGCUGGACUGUCCUCCCUCGAGGGUUCAAGAAUAGCCCAGCAAUCUUUGGGAAUCAAUUGGCUAAGGAAUUGGAAACCUGGCAGAAGGACAAUACGGAAGUGACUUUACUGCAAUAUGUAGAUGACAUCCGCCUGGGAACUCAAACACAGGAGGAAUCUGUACAAUAUACUGUUGAUCUUUUGAACUUCUUGGGAACAACAGGAUAUAGAGUGUCAAAACGGAAGGCACAAAUUGCCCAACAAACAGUCACCUAUCUGGGUUUCACUGUUACCAAAGGACAGCGAAGUCUGGGGACUGAGAGGAAAGAAGUGAUUUGUCAGAUACCGGAACCCAGAUCUAAAUGA